UAUCGCCGAUGAGCAUUCAACAAACCAACUGAACACAUCCAAUCCAAGAACUGAAGUAACUCAGACUUCAAUAUAUCGUAUUCCCACUUAUCCAACCUCUGAAGUAACUGAACGCCAUAAUUUCGGCUUAUUACGUUCAGAUUCAGACCACGAUAACACAGAAUCGAUUCUGAGAAGAAGCGAAGACAAACGUGAUGAGAAUUUGAGCGAAGAACCCAUCUUAUUGCCAACAUAUCUACGCAAUAAAACCGAACAACAAAGUGGAUCAGCUGAACAUGGAUCAGACGAAAUAGAUAGCACGACAAGUAAUAUUGGCUUAUUGGAUGGGUUGAAACAAUCAUUUCGGCAAGAAAGCAGCAGCGUGAACAAUUAUACAGACGAUGGUGAUAAUAAGCAAACUGUGUCAUCAAACAUUAAAAGAGAUGUAGAAUUUUUGGAGAGUUUGCAGGAGGAAUUGGAAGAGGAACAAAAUAAGUCCGAUGAACAGCAAGAUCAAGCACAUUCAACAAUCGCACAAACUGCAGCAGAGAAUCUGGAAGAGAAUUUCACAGAACAGCGAUACAGUUUUGGUGCCAUCCAGGAAGCACCCGAAAACUCAGCGAAUGAGGAGUCAUCAUCAGGCGCCAGAUUCGUACCGCUACCACAAGACCUGCUGAUGGCUAAAUCAGCUCUUCGACAUGUCUCCGAUACAGCCAAAGAGAGCACAACUGACAGCAUCGUUGGUGGUUCCAGUGGAGCGACUUACACG